GCCUCGGAGUACUGUACACCACUUAGAACAUCAGAAAAGUUAUGUUGAAACCAAGAGCGUUGAGUCAGUUGCUUGGGCAAGCCAACACCGGGGGCGUCCUCAGUACAAUGUUGCUCAAUAGCGAAGGUUCACUGCUCGCUUAUUCUGGCGUUGACGGGGAAGACAGAGAUGCAAAGGUUACGGCUGCUAUAGCGUCUAACAUUUGGUCGGCUUACGAGCGCGCAGGCGAAAAUGCGUUUCAAAAUGAAAGUCUAAACUUUCUGGUCAUUGAUUGCGAGGAUGGCAGAGUCGCUGUCUCUCGAGUUGCUAAUCAAAUACUCUGUAUAUACGCCAAUAAAAGUGUCGGCUGUGGCAUCCUCAAGGCUAAGACUGACGUUCUGAUCAAAGUCCUUGAAGAGCCUCUGACGCAAGUUAGCAUCUCGUCGAGCUAGCAGCAUACCAACUACUAGACAACAGUAUCCCAUUACUGUGCAAAUUGAAACUGUCGUAGGAACUGUAAACUGUAAGGAG